AGCAAACUGAUGACUCACCGGUUUUGAAACCAAGCAGUUGAGGGGGCUGAUUUUGGACGGGAAUUGACUUGAGAUACUUCAGCUACACAGACGGAGGUACUGAUGUUUAUAAGAACCACCAGGGGGCGAGCGGACGUAAUGUUCAACAACAUUGUUUAGAUAGCCGUAUGCGAGAACAGAACUGUCAGGAAUCGACACAAGUCGGAAUCAUUUCAAAAUGGAGAACAACAGUGUAGAAAACAAAACCUCUGCAAACAAUACUCUGGAAGAUACAAGCACUCAAAUCAACAACACUGAAAACAACAAGACGCCCAGUGAAAGCUCGAAGACAACAGAAGAGGAUGGCCUCCCUACGCAAGUCAGACGUUCGCUGUCCAUCUCCAGUUUCACAGACAGUCUUGAAACAGACGACCAGAGCCAGGAACAGGCUGAGACAGAGGACUCCAAGCCAAAGAAAAAGUCGUCGAAACUUCCGGUGAAAACUAAACCCAAACUUGAACGUUCGGCAACUGAAAACUGUAACAGCCAUGCCAGUGGACACGAGUGUGGAAGUGGGGGAUGUGGGAAAGGUAAGGGGAAAAAAUCCGGCAAGCAGUUGAGGAGGGACUGCAACAGUCUUGACUGCAACUCCACUGUGCAUCAUGCACCAACGAAGGAAACAAUCACCAGCAGGAUGAGGGUAGAGAAGAGCCAUCUUGAACACGGAAUGGAGGCUAACAAGGACGAGUACUUAACCCCCACACAGAGGAAGGGGCAGACAAUCAGAGAUCUCAAGAAACAGGUGAAAGAACUGGAGAAGACUCUGGAGGAGACGAAUGGAGAAGUGGAGAGUCUGAGACAGAGCAUCGGCAAGGAGGCCCAGAUCAUUCUGGACACGAAGAACCAAGAGGUGAAACACGUCAAGGACAAUCUAGAAAGUAUGGAGACCAAAUAUGACGAACUGACGUUGUCUUAUGAAGAGUCGGUGAAAGCAGUCAAUGCUCUGGAAACUACAAUCCAAGGACUGCGAGAGUCUGCAGAAUCAAAGGAAUUGCAUCACAAGAAAAUGUACUUGGAAAUGUACGAGAAAGGCAGGAUGUCCGCGAGGUUUGAAAGAGAGGAUGAGUUGGAGAUGUUGGUGAAGACGGGAAAGGAGAAGGUGACGAUGACGGAGAUGAUGAAGAAGCUGUCGGAGUCACAGGCGGAGCUCGCUAAGUGGCAGAGUCUGAGACGCGAGGAGAUGUAUGAGGUUGCAGAGAAGCCCGAGACGGAGGCUGAGACAACUCUCAGGUUCCUCAAAGAUUCCUUCUUCCACUUCCUGACCACCGACAAGGAUUCGGACGACCAUCUCAGAGCAAUGAUCCGGAUCUUUAACUUCAGUGAAGUUCAGAAGAAGAAGAUUACUAAAGGCUUGUCUGACAAAAAGAAAUCUAAACCAAUAACGUGAUCUCGGGGAGUUGUACUUCUUCAAAAUGGCUUGUACUAUAUAGGCCUCGAGACUUAUUUCAUGGUGAGACUAGGGUCGCUCAUUUUCAGUUUCAAGAAGAUCAUUUGCGAGCUUUACUUCAUCGUGAACUAUCUGAGUUUAUCUGUCCCCAACCUUUGUUCAUUUGCAUUCGAUCAUUGGUGUGUGUGGCGAUUUCUGGUUGUACGGAUCGAACUUUAAAAAUAGAUUCGGAACAUUUACGUAUCUUGAGAUCAUGUCCCACCUUUGAAGAAUUUCCUUGGAAACAAUCAUAUUAUGUCUUUUCGGUAGCUGCUGCUUGUAACAGGAUGGGUGUUUAAAUGGUUAGCUUUGUAAAUUCAAUGUAAAUACAUAAUCCAUGUAAUCUGUACAUAGUAUCACCUUGCUUAUCCGGACGGCGAUUUGAUCAUAAUGUGUUUCACAGUAUCGCGGCAAAUGAAACAUGAAAUGCUAUCAGGUUGUGUUUCAUGUGAGAGCAUCCGUGAGACUUUGAGGUCCGGUAUUUCGAGAGUUGUGUGUAUACAGUUUCCAUCAUACUUAGUUAUGUUAAACUUUGUUACCAUGUAUGUUAUCUGUUUGAGAGUCUGUUCAAAACGAAAGUAUAUUUCUUUCCCUGGUAAAAAAGAAACGUUUAAUUAGGUGUCACGUACGAUUCAGAACGUACAUACAGUGUAAUUUAGAACCCAUCUGGAUCUGUUGAAGUCACACGGACAAUAAGAGAAGUAAAAAUUGAGUAAAAUUUAGUACCCGGCGUUUGAGAGAGAUCGGUCAUCUACUUCUUUACCGGAGAAAGAGAGUUUUCGUGAUUCGUUCAUCUAUCUUUGAUUUACUCUGUUACCAGACCUGGCGUGUGAUGAAGGUCUGGAGCCUGUUAGAGGGUAUAUAUAUGUAUGUGUACACAUAUACAUAUAUACAUACAUACAUACAUGCAUGCAUACAUACACACACACAUACAUGCAUGCA